UCUUCAACUCUUCUAUUUUUUAAAGACUGUCGACAAGCGAUUGCGCUUUUUUGACAUAUUUUGUCGGAUUUUUCCGGAUUGCUACAGUUUCUGAUUAUAUAAUUCUAAAAAUGACAUCGGUUUUGGAAUCUAUGGUAGUCGAUGAAAAACAACUUCCUGAGAAACCAGUGGAUAGAGAAAAAACAUGUCCUCUUUUAUUACGAGUAUUCUGCAAUAAUGGACGUCAUCAUAAUAUAAUGGAAUAUAGCAGAGGAAAUGUCCCUUCAAAUGAGCUGCAAAUAUAUACAUGGAUGGACGCUACUUUGCGAGAAAUUACAGGCUUGGUUAAAGAAGUAAAUCCAGAUGCUCGUAGUAAAGGAACAUAUUUUGAUUUUUCAUUAGUCACUCCUGAACUUCGUAAUUCUGGUUAUCGUAUGCGUGAAAUUGGUGUUACGUGUUCUGGACAGAAGGGUGCAGAUGAUAACAAAACUCUUGCACAAGCAAGAUUCACUAUAGGAGAUUAUUUAGAUAUAUCAAUAACACCACCAAAUAGAAUGAUGCAACCAGCAAUAAGACGUGGUGGUUUACGUCAGUACUAAUUAAUAUAAUAAUCUCAGAAUGUUAAAAUUUAUGAUAAAGAUAAGGUUAUUAUAAGUGAUUAUAAAAUUACAUGACGUACUGUAAUUCUGGACAAACUUUCUAUUUUUUUCAUAAAUAACAAAA